UUUGAGAGGAAAUUGAAGAGCAGAAAGUGCACGCUGCCAUUUAUUUCCUGGCUAUCUGGGGACAAGGAGGAUUAAGAUUCUACUCUACAGUUCACCUGUUGAUAACCGGGAAAGAAGAAAUGAAACUUCAAUAUACAGAAGAUAAGGUGAAGACUAAGGGCAAUCUAGAAUUAAUGGUCAGUUGAUCAUUCGUACCUCCCUGACGCCAUUGAUUCAGGUUACCUGCAAGCACCAUCAGGUAAUGGGCCUCAUCAUGACCGAUGCUGCGUUUACAAUGAAAGCAACUUUGUAGAUGGAGUUUACUGCCUCCCAAUAGCACACUGGAUUGAAGUUUCUGGACACACUGAUGAGAUGAAGCACACAACUGACUUCUAUUUUAACAUUGCAGGCCAUCAAGCCAUGCAUUACUCCAGAAUUCUGCCAAACAUCUGGCUGGGAAGUUGCCCUCGGCAGGUGGAGCAUGUGACUAUCAAGCUAAAACAUGAAUUGGGUGUUACAGCUGUAAUGAAUUUCCAGACUGAAUGGGAUAUCAACCAGAAUUCCUGGGGCUGCAACCGCUAUCCAGAACCCAUGAGUCCAGAAAUCCUCAUGAAACUGUAUAAGGAGGAAGGGCUCGUAUACGUCUGGAUGCCAACUCCAGACAUGAGUACAGAAGGAAGAAUUCAGAUGUUGCCUCAGGCUGUCUGCCUUCUCCAUGGGCUGCUAGAGAACGGACACAUUGUCUACGUUCAUUGCAAUGCCGGCGUUGGCAGGUCCACAGCUGCAAUUUGUGGUUGGUUAAAGUAUGUGAUGGGAUGGAACCUGAGAAAGGUGCAGUACUUUGUGGCCUCUAGAAGACCAGCUGUCUACAUAGAUGAGGAAGCUCUGGUUCGUGCUGAAGGUGAUUUCUAUCAGAAAUUUGGACCUCUUCGUUCUUCAUGCAAACCUUAGUGGUAGAACAGCAGAUAGAUGGGGUGAGGAGGAAAGAGAAAUAGUACUGCCAGCCCCAAACAUUGAAAAUUCAUGAGCUGCAAAAUUAGGAACUUGUCUUCAAGAACAUGAUAUUUAUAAAGAAAUACAGAUAUCCAAUAGAAGGCAAAUACAGAGACACCUUAGCUUUUUUUUUUUUUUUUAAGUCUUUGUGUGUUCUUAAAGGGUUUCUCUGAAGUGAGAACUGGAAGCUCAGAUUCUGAGAUUCUGGUUCAAGAGCUGGAGCCAUAAGAAAAACACCAAAUAUCGAAAGACUCAUGAUAGAAUUGUAGGAGUUGGCAACACAACAAUAAGCAGAAGGUCAGGGGUUCUUAAAGGUGCUAGAUAAAUAAAAGGGGACUGUGUGAUUUUGAGAUCUUUGGGUUGGUAGUUAGGAGGUUUGAGCCAUUUCAGUUACAGCAUGCUUUAGUGGUGUGUUUACCAAGGACUUUAUAAUGAAAUAGUAUUUUUAACAAAGUGCAAAAGAAGAUGGAUUUAUUCAAUUUGGUUUCUUUAACAAACAGGAAGCUAAACACAAUUCACUUUGAGAAAAAAAAUAGCUUUUUCUCUCUUUGGGUUUAUAAUCAAUAUGAUUUACUAAACUUUACAGCUGCACUUUAUUGUGACAUAUAUGUUUUAGUGUUCAGCAUAAAGAAAAGAAGAAAAACUCACCUAUACAGAUUUAUUGUACUGCAAGAGAGAGCUACUAUUUAUUAGGUUAUCCUAGACUGUGAGUUCUCUAGGUCAGGAACUCAUUUUGUCCUCACUGUCUGUGCCAUAUCUAACACACUGGGGCCCUGAUCUUUGAUUGCAAUCCCCAGGUGGUACCUCAAUCCUUGUAAAAACAACCACAAAACAAUAAUAAUAAUGGGUUAAGUUAAAGCGAUGCGAGUUGGUCUGGUGAGCCUCUCUGCAGUCUGUGCUGCCAUGAUAACAGCCAGAGAGAGUUUCCUGGGUAUAGUAGCCAUUCUCAUUGUCCUGGCUGGCCUGGUCUGGCUGUUCUGCAGCAGCAAGAGCCUCUUGUCUGUGUGGGAGACAGGACUUCCCAUUGCUGUUCAGACACUGCUGUUUUUGGUAAACUAGAAGUGGCCUUAAUAGACUUCAGAGUACAAACCAGCCCAUCUCAGACAAAAAUAGGUACGGCUGCUCAUGGCCUUGAGCAAAGGGAUUGGAAAAUUUCCUCUGCUGAGAAUCUGAAGUGGAUAGGAGCAGGGAGUAUAAGGGAAGCAGCCCAAGUUCCUCAUUAAAGACGCACAAUAAUUAAAGAAAGUAAUUUUGUAGGACAAUGAUUCAGUUAAUUUUUUUUCUCUUUUUUGUAGCCAAAUUAUUUGCCCAUGUGAAGAUUUAUUUGGUGCCAAUGUAGUUUGUUUUAGCCAAUGCAUGUGUCCUUAAUGAUAAGGAUAUGGUAACCUUUCAUUGGAGACUUAUUUUUGCUAUUGCCAUUAUUAUAUUCUCUGAAUUGUUCAUGGAGAAUGGCCAGCAUAGCCUGUUCCCUUUACUUUCUACCCAAACACUCUCAAGUGUGAAGAUGCUAGUGAAAAUUAUUUAAAAUAAUUGUUCAAACAUAAUUUUAUUUUUUAUUUCUGUUCUGAAAUAAUAAUCAUCAUCUGUUUAAAAAGUAAAUUAAACUAGAAUAUUUGUUAAAUAAAACCCAAU